AUGAAGUUCUCAAUCCUCACUCUUGCCGCAGCUGUCCCUGCUCUUGCUGCCACCGUUCCCGCUUCUGCCAAUACUGCUCAAGUUGACAAGCGCGCCAACUGCAAGCUGACCCUCCAAUGGCUCGACAACUGGAGUGAAGAUGCCUUGAGAAGAUACCGAGUGCAGCUCAUCACUGAGCCGCGAAAUGAUGACCACAUUCAUAAAUACUGCGAGCUCUUGAAGGCAGAUUCCUACGGUGUUCGCAACACGCAAUGCUUCUGGACAGAUGACGGAAAGUAUGUCAUUGACGACAGUGAAGGUGAAGGCGAGCCCGGUCAUACUCUGUACUUGAAGUACUUCGGAAACGCUGCGAAAUACUUUGAAUGGGCCACUGGGUGUGACACUGUUCGAAACCUUUAA